CUUUCCUCAUCCAUACGAUCAACCACAACUCAUCGCCCGCCAUGUCUCCCCGCGAUCGGUGCGAAGAGGACAUUCAUCGGCCGCUCCUGGCGGACUCCCGAGGGGCGGAACCCGAGCCGGAAUCCACUUCCGGGCAGGAUGGUCGGUUCACUCGUAACCUCGGAGCCAUCGAAGCCUUUGGCAUCGUCAUCAGUAUUGUGAUCGGGAGUGGUAUCUUCACUUCCCCAGGAUCCAUCGAUACAAAUGUCCCAUCACCAGGCGUCGCGCUUAUCGUGUGGCUGGUGGGUGGCAUGCUGGCCUGGACUGGGGCCAGCACCAUGGCCGAGCUGGGCACCGCCAUUCCGGGCGAAGGAGGCGUCCAGCCAUACCUCCGAUACAUCUUCGGGGAUGUUUUCGGCUUCCUGGCGGCCUGGACAUGGAUCAUCGCUGUCAUGCCUGCCACCCUUGCUAUCCUCAGCAUUGUGUUCAUCGAAAGUCUCUUUUCCGCGGCGGGCGUGACUGACCAAGCUGGGAGCCUUUCGCACAAGCUGCUCUCCAUCCUCGUUCUCUUGGCGAUCGGGGUAGCCAACUCCAUCAGCACCAAGGUCAGCACCCGCCUGAACGGCUUCUCGGUGACGACCAAGUUCCUCGCCAUUGCCGGCAUCGUGAUCGCCGGCUUGGUGGUCGUCAUCCUGCAAAUGUCAGGCAUCAAUCGGAAUGCCGGACCAAAAGACUGGCUUGAGCACUCCUGGUUUGGAUCUAGAAACACAUGGACCCCGGACGGUCGGGAGAUCGACUGGAGCUCUAUCGGCGGGUGGGAAUCGCUGGGGUACUAUUCCGCCGCGCUGUAUGGGGCGCUCUGGGCCUAUUCGGGCUGGGAUAAGGCGAUCUAUAUCAGUGCCGAGCUUUCUGCACCCGCCCGGCAGCUCCCGCUCGCCAUCAACACCGCCAUCCCCAUCAUCAUUCUUUGCUUCCUUGCAGCUAACGCGGCUUAUUACGUCCUUCUCCCAUGGAAGAUUGUAUCGACGACUGACAGUGUGGCUGUGACCGCCAUCACCCACCUCCUCGGUCCUGUAUGUGGUAUCCUCGCCGCAAUCCUGAUCUGCCUCGUCGUGGCUGGCUCUCUGCUCGGCAACUCCUUCGUGGCGGGUCGCAUGAUUGUGGCCGCAUCCAAGCUGGAUUGGUUCCCCCGGUCUCUGGGGGUGCUCGGAUACGUGGGGAUGCCACCCGACCCGGAACCUCCUUCCCGUGCGACCGCGCGAUCGGACGCGCCCAUCAACGCGACCAUCCUGGCCACCCUUUUGCCCAUGCCAUACUUGCUCUUUGGCAAUUUCCGCGCGCUUGUGACGUUUAACGGUCUGGGAGAAUAUUCCUUCUUCUUUUUGACUGUUCUGGGGGCCAUCAUUCUGCGGUUCCGGCAACCAGAGCUGCGUCGUCCUUAUAAGCCUUUCAUUGCGAUCCCGAUCACCUUUGCUUUGGUCAGUGGGUUCGUGGUAGUGAGAGGGGGUGUCUUCGCCCCGCUGCAGGCGGUGAUUUUGAUCUCGCUAUGGCUGGUUGGUGUGGGAUUUUAUUAUCUUCGGAGAAAGUGGGUUGCUAGGAGUGAAUAGGCUGUAGAUGUGGAUGUUGAGGCUUGCAAUUAGGUCCAGAGGUGAUGUUCCUUGUGGUUGUCCCUGAUUGCUGGGACAUCCAUGCCUCCCAUGACUUCGAGAAACCCUUGUGCAAAUGGGUAUACUAUAGAAUGGCAUCACUACAAUUUGAUCAAUGUUGGUUCUUCCAUCUUCUCGUCGCUUAAGACCAAAUCGAGAAUUUGAAGGAUGGACGAAAAAGAAAGAAACAACGAUGACAGCCCCUCGUGAUACAACUUGACUGACACUAGGUCUACAUCAAAUAUG